GGGCGGGCACCGCGCCGUGGAGUCCCGGGACGCGCCUGCGGGACCCCCGAUUCCCAUGGGGGAGGCUCCGCUGGCAGAGCUGGAUGCAGUGCUGGGUGGCGGCGGAUGGGACAUGGGAACAAGCCUUGAGGGUCCCCCUGCACCCACCAGCCCCGUACGCCUGGGGAGGAAUGUCUGCUACAUCGUCUUGGCUGUGCUCUUCAACGAGGAGGACAGGGUGCUGCUGGUGCAAGAGGCCAAGCCCGAGUGUCGCGGGAGGUGGUACCUGCCAGCCGGGAGGAUGGAGCCUGGCGAGAGCAUCGUGGCUGCCAUGCGGAGGGAGGUGAAGGAGGAGUCAGGGCUGGAGUGCGAACCUCUCACCUUGCUGGCACUGGAGGAGAGGGGGCCAGCAUGGAUUCGCUUCGCCUUCCUCGCGCGCCCCACCGGUGGGACCCUGAAGACCCUGGAGGAGGCUGACACUGAGUCCCUGCAAGCAACAUGGUGGGCUGGGGACCUCUCUGCCCUGCCCCUGCGAGCCCCAGACAUCCUACCCUUACUAGACCUCGCCUCCCGCUACCGCCACAGCCCCCUGCAUCCCCCGACGCUGCCACAAGAGCUGCCCUGUGCCCUGCUCUGCUUGCGGCUACUGGUGGCCUUUGCAAAUGACACCGGGGACCUUUGGGUGCUGCUGGGCACGUCUGGGACCCCCCACCUGCCCGUAGUGGCCUGUGGCACGUCCCCAGCCGAGCUCCAGGGGAGCCUGCGCCUGCCUGUGCUGCGGCUGCUGCGGGACUGCCUGACAGACCCCCGCCUGGGAGCCCUGGGGCUGCUGGGGCUGCAGCACCGGGCUGGGGGGCCUGGGGGGGCUGAUGGGAUCUGCUUCAACAUAUUGCUGAGCAUCCCUCCCAACAGCCCCAGAGCUGUCCCCGACGAUUCACGUGACCCUGCUUUCCACUGGUGGCGUGUGGAAGACGAGAGCCUGAGGGGCCAGAUCCUGCAGCGGCUCCACACCAUGGCCACCGUGCCUGUCCGCAGCUAGUGCCCAGUGGAGAGCGGGCACAGGGAUCCAGUUGGGACACAGGGCUGCUGGUCCUGCUUGCAGUGCUGAAGGUGAGAGCCCUGGGGAUGUUUCAGGCAGGGCACAGUGCUGUAUCCCAGCCCGAGGGAACUGGGAGCCAUCCAG